AUGAGCCAGGGGACGUUCUUUACGCCGCAAGCGCCGCGCAUCUCUCAGAUGGUGGCAACGCCACCUGGAUCUGCGCCUGGUCGGCAGCAGGCGAGUCGUCCAGCCGCCGGAGGCACGACAGCCGAUGACCUCGAGGGCCUCGAGGCUAUGGUGGCGCAUAUGUCUGCGCUUGGCGAGCAGUCGUCGAUGCAGCGAAGCGAGUUGGAUGCGCUGGAGAGCCAGCUGGCUCAGCUCCAAGAGCACCGCAACAACCUUACUCAGCUCCAGUCGCUGCUCGAGUCGAACAAGGACGAGCAGACCAUUUCACUCGUCGCCAACUACCUGGAGACGCUUGUGCCGUCGAUCGAGGCGGCAGCCGAGGUCGAGGCUGAGGCCGAGGCUGGGGCAUCCGCUGGUGCCGAUGCCGGUGCUGCCUACCUCGCCGCCCUGCAGUCGCAGGUGCAGGCGCAGGGCGACGACGCCGAGUUCGACGACGACGCCGAGCCCGAGGAUGCCAACGCGCUGUAUGAGCAGUACAUGGCGCUGAUGGCCGAGAAGCAGCAGCUCGAGGCCAUGCGCGACAUGCAGAUUGCCGCGCAGCAGGAGCUUCGCGCUGCAACCGCCGCCGCCGAGCAGCGCCAGGCCUCACCGUCGCCGGCCAAGGCUCCGCGCCAGGCCUCGGCCCCGCCGCCGUCCGCCGCCGUCCGCCGCGACAUCUUCUCGCCGGCCAAGCCGCGCGCCUCGUCGCAGGCCCCGCCGCUCGCCCGCAGCUCCUCGCAGCCACUCACGGCCGAGGACGCCGCCAACAUGCCAGUCGAAGACCUCGCCGAGCUCCGCAAAGCCCACUUGCUCAACCUCCGCUGGCUGCAGGAGCAGCUGGUGAACCAGCAGGCGUCGCCGGCCAAGGCGAGCACCGCGCCAGUGACGGCGGCGGCGGCCCCUGCGCCGCGCCGCGAGGCCUCGCGUGAAGAGCUUGACGAAGACGGCAUCUACAACCUGCUUGCCACCGUCCAGCGCGAGUCGAGCGCUGGCGGCAACUCGGUCAACAUCCUCGACCAGCUCGCCGCCCAGUGGUCGCAGCUCCAGUCUCAGUACACGCAGCAACGCAAGGCCACGCCCCCGCAGGCGCUCUCGGCCUCGUUUGCCGCGUCGGCGUCGGCCUCGUCGCCGGCCGAAGCCCCGCGCCCCGCACGCGCUGCAUCGCACUCGCCGUCGCGCUCCGCUCAGCAGGCGCACGCGCCGGUGCCGGGCCCGGCCUUUGAGGCCCAGGCUGCCGAGAUGGAGGCGCUCCAGGCCCGCAUCGGCGGCCUGUACGACAUGCUCGGCGCAACUCGCGACGACAUUGCCGCCGUGUCGGGCGACAACGUGUUUGGCGCGUACGCUGCCGGCGAAGACGGUUCGGUCUCCGAGGCCGACUCGCUUUCAACCCGCUUCCUUGAGGACGAGCUGUAUGCCUCGAACAUCAAGUUGCAGGACCUGCAGCUUGCCGUCUCGUACGCCAAGUCGCUCUCGUCGCGCGCCGAGCAAAAGGCGUUCUUUAAGGACUUUGUCCGCUACUUUAGCGACUCGCAAGAGUCCGAGUCAGAGGCCGGGCAUGGGUCCGACGCCCGCGCCAGCGGCGUUCCCUCCGGCGCCGCGGCCCCAGACGUGCUCUCGCUCGACUCGGCACACCCUGCCGGAACUGCCGACCUGCUCGCAACGCUCAACGCCGAGCUCGCGCGCGCCGGAAGCUACAGUGGCGGCCAUGACGAUGGCGACGAUGGCGCGUCGUCGGUGGCCUCAGUCGGCCUCGACUCGGCCGUCUACGAGGCUGCCGUGCAGUUUAUUGUCCGCGUCGAAGACGACCCGAGCUACGUCUCGCAGCUCUUUACCCUGCUCGCGCAGUUUGACACGCCGCUCCUUCGGGUCCGAGUCCUCGCCUCGCUCGACCGCCUCCUGCACGAUGUCACCGCCGAGGCCGCGUACCUCGACGAGCACGCGCCCAAGGUCGGCGCCAAGCGGCACCCGACCGACGAUGAUGAGCUCCGCGAGCGGUCCGCCGAGACCCGCACCGCACGCAAGCGAGCCCGCAAGCUCAAGAAGGCCCCGCCGCCGGCCAAGAAGGAGCGUCCGCCGCGGACCGUCACCUUUGACGCUCCGCUGGCUGCCGGCGGCACCGCCACCGUCGACGACGACCCGACCACCACUGUCAUUCGCAACAAGAUCAUGGAGGAGAUGCAUGCCCUCGACCAGAUCAACUACUUUAUUCAGUCGGUCCAGGACUCGCCGAACAAGUUUGCUGUCGACUCGCCGACCACGCCACGCGCGGUGGUGACCUCGCGGCCCGUCGCCGCUGCUCCCGUCGCCGCCGCCGCUGCUCCCGCCGCUGCAGCCUACGACUACGCCGAGUCGGUCAACGACGACGAGCCUUCGCUCGCAUCCGAGGACGAGGGCGAGUCGCCCGAAGACGCCCGGUUUUACGAGGCGACCCGUGCAGAGCGUCACGUCUCGAUCACGCCCGAGCCGCCGACCCAGCGCCCCGACGCCACCGGUGAGCUCUCGGCUGCCGACUCGGCGACGGCGUCGACCUCGCAGGCCCGCGCCAUGGAGGACGAGCUUGCCGCCGCCCGCGCCGAGCUCGAGUACCACCAGUCGCGCAAGGCCGCCCUCGAGGCCCGCCGCGCAGACCUCCUUGCCCAGCAGCAGGCCAUCGUCGACAUGGCGCGCUCGGCCGGGAUCGACCCGGCCGCCCUUGGGCUGGACCUCGGCGAGUUUGCGGGCGAGGAGGCCGCGGACGAAGCUGUCGAGCAGGAAGCUCAGACUCCCGCCGAGGGCGACAACGACGGUGGCGACGGCGACGGCGACGGCGACGACGAGUCGACAACCUCGUCGAUGGAGGCCACGAUGAACCACAUCCUCACCAACUACCACGUCGACGUCUACAUCAACGACGCGCUCCUCACCGAGUUUGGCAAUCUGUUCAAGGCGCUGGCGGCCAUGCCCGAGUCGGGCGGCAAGUUUAACGACGUCGUCCGCCAGAUCCUCGAGGGCCUCUUUGCCGAGUUCAAGUACACCAAGCUCAACCGGCCCGUCGACACCAACGAGUUUGCCGCGUUCUCGGACAUCCUCGCGCGGUACUCUGGUAUGGACAUUGCCGUCUUUGAGGAGGAUGUGCUCAAGGAUCUCAAGGACAUGCUCUUCACCCACCUCAUCACCCUCUCGCUCACCGACCAGCUCGCCGACGAGGAGGCGACCCGCACCCAGCUCCAGGCACAGGCCACCGCCGUCGCUCACCAGCAGCGGCAGACCAGCCCGCCGGCUCAGCCCUCUGCUCAGACUCAGACCCAGGCCCCGGCGCCCGACAACGACGCCGCAAACGCGGCUGGCGUCGCUAUCGAGGACGUCUUCUCGCUCCUCGCCGCUUACGACCAGGCUGCCGCUGCGCAGUCGCCGGCCGAGAACCGCGAGGGCCCGAGCCACGACAACGGCAGUGCCGGCCAGGGUUACCCGGCGUACUCGCGCCACCUCGAGGGCUUCCUUGCCGGCGGCGCUGACGGCAACACCGACCCCGCGGCGCACCCGAACUAAAACCAAACCCGCUACC